AUGCCUUCACCCAAAAGCAGUGUAGCUGUUCUUGCUGCUGGUAUUGAACAAGGGCGAGCAAAUGAUGCUUCUGACGACCGGCACCAAAAGCUUCGCCUACCUUGGAACCGGCAAACCUAUCUAGGAUCUGUUAUAUUCAACUUCGGUGCCUUUCUACUUCCCGCUCUCUACAGCACCCUGAGCAAACUCUGGGUUGCCAAUAUUGAUUCAAGUCAAGUGGUUACAACUGACGUGUAUACCUACAUUGGUGUUAUUGCACAAGUUUUGAAUGAUGGCCUCCCGAGGUCUGCAUGGCUAAUCGUUGGAGACAAGUCAACGCGUACCAUAUCCUCUAGACUUACCUUGUCCUAUACAAUGAUAGUUGUGCAGGUUGGGUUGGGCACUCUAAUGACUGUGAUAUUUUUGGCGACCUCUGACAAACUCGCUGCAGCAUUUGUCCCCGAAGCAGUUCGACAAAGUUCUCUGACAUAUGUACGCAUUUCCUCCGUUGAAGCAUUAUCUUCAGCAAUGGAAACGGUAGUUUCAUCGUGCACAAGAGCUUUAGACCAUCCCGAUGUGCCACUGCUCAUUAGCUCAACAAAGUUUGUCAUUAAUAUUAUACUAGACCUUCUAAUCAUAUCAAAAUUUCACGUUGGCUCGUUCACGCCAACAGUUAACACGCAAGCUUGGAUCAGACUGGCUUGUGAUUUGACUUCAGCAACUUGCGGAUUGAUGUAUUUCCUUUACAUCACUUUCAAGCUCCUCCACCAAUUGGAGCAGAGCAAGGUGAAAGUAAGCUUUUCAGCUUUUCAAACUCUUGCAAGACCUAGUAUCUAUACUUUCACGGAAUCGGCUAUUCGAAACGCUAUCUACCUCUGGAUUGUUAGUCGAAUCAUUCUGCUCGGCGAGAAUUAUGCGACAGCAUGGGGAAUUUUUAACACCAUUCGAUGGGGCCUCGUUAUGGUUCCAGUACAGGCCUUUGAGGCAUCAACGCUUACCUUUGUUGGGCACAAUUGGGGUAUAUGGCGAGCACGUGUCGGUGUGCAUUUACGUCGUCCUAGAGCAUCUAAAGCUGACAUUAUUGAAAUAAUCCGACCUGCUCUGGUUUCUUGUUCUAUCGUAACGGUAGCCGAAGUUGUCCUUUGCAUUGCCCUCUCUACACGUGGCAUUCAGUCCUUUGCAUACUAUUUAUCUAAUUCUGAAGUCGUUGCUGAAAUUACUCAGAUGAUGUGGAAGGCUAUAGACUGGACAUACAUUUUCUAUGCAUUAAACUAUCAACUUGCCGCCAUUCUUCUUGCUGCAUCACCACGAUGGUACCUGUACCAAGCCCUCGGUUCAAACUUUCUUUGGAUGCUACCAUGGGCUAUAGUCGUAACCAAAAUUUCAUUCCCACAAGCUACUGUAUGGACCUACUAUGCGAUCAUUUUCGGUGGAGCUCUGGUCUUUGAUUUCGUUGAUGUGAGUAUAACCCUGCUCAUCUGGGCCUUUAGAUUAUCAAGAGGGAAAGUCAAAGUCGAUAUCAUCAACGGAACCCUUUAG